UCAUCAAGAGUUCUGUCACUCUUAUCAAAGCUGAUACUGAUCUUUAGUGUGACUGAAAUUGAACGUUUAUAUGUAUGUCACAGACCAAAAGUGAAUCUCACUGUUGGUGACAUGACUAAGUACAGAAAAGGUUCGUAAUGAGGAGUCUCGAUUACUCCACGCGCAAACUUGCAGUGGCUGGAGGUGUUUGAAGCAGCUUUCAGAGAUGUUCAGUCUUUUCUUCAUGUAGGAGGACAUUUUGAAGACACCACAUGGUUUCAGCAACAUAUUUAAAAUCGAAGACCUUGUGGAACAGAUUUCCUGAAGAGGUCCAGUGCAAUGAUGAUGAAAGAGUUUAAAGAUGAAUUCACAACCAGUGGGAACAGACAAAAUGCUGCCAGGACGGUACCCAACGGGGUCUUCGGGGAUCAGACCAAAACCCUGAGUCUACUGCAAGGCUUGCGCUUGUGUCAGGAGGCCUGGGCUCCCAAGAGCCCCUGGGACAGCCAUGGGGCGCACGCCGCUCUGUGGGGCAGACCUUCUGGGAGUUUCCUGGUGGUCCAAGGGUCUUUGUCUCAAGACCAGCUUCUGUGCUUGUCUGUAGCGGACAGCGAUGAGCCGGUCAAAGAAUUCCCCAUCAUAACCACUGGAACAGCGCUUCAACUGACAACGUCACACCUGGCUUUUCCUGAUCUCUUUCAGCUGCUGCACUUCUACACACUGAGCAGGGAUGUUUUGCCUGUCUGUUUGUUGGUUCCCUCGUGGGUUUACACCAUUAUCAAUCAACCCGAUCACCUUGUUCCUCUGCUUGGUCCAAAGACCUGGCUGUGCCCCUCCUCAGAUCUGCAGGCUAACAGUAUGACUUCAGAAACACAAGGCACAGCAGAAAUGCCAGAAACCGUCCUGUGCACUAUACAGGUUACAGCCGCCAAUGGUGCCCUGUGCUUCAUCAAUCCCUUGUACCUUCAAGAGCAUGGGGAUGAUUGGCUGACUCACUCUCCAGCCAGCCCAGUCAAUCGUCCAAUCGGCUUGAGGCGAGACAAGCGGCUGAGUACCACCCGAGCAUGGGAAGGGAGAGGACUGAAACCGAGGUCAUCUACACAAGCCGAGGACAACUCUAGCAGUUUUGACCAGGACAAAGGAUCAUCGUCACCAGUCUCUCCAUCUACCCCGGGUGGAGUUGUGCUUCGAAGGGCGAGUGGCACCAGCAAGGAAGACCCCCUAAAAAGAGCAAGCACAGACUCCCUUCAGAGCCCUCUCCCCCAGUCGCCACACCGCGUGUCCUGGAUAGAGGACAAGAUAUGGCUGAAUUCCCCACUGCCCCCCUCUCUGCUUCAACCGCCCUGCUUAGAGCUGGACUCGCUGUCAGUCAGCAGCAUAGAGGAGGAGUUCGAGCCGGCUUCAAGCCCCUCCCUGCCUUCGCCCCGCUUCCAGCUGGCAGAUAAGAUGAAGAACCGCCUCUCGGCAGUGGGUCAGGCUCUAGGUGGACUUGUGUCUCCUCAGCGCAGACUGAGCAAGCGCGUCCAGGAGAUGGCCGAGCGCAGGGCUGGGGCUUUUGCAGAGGCGGUCCGGGGGUUUGUGGAGGAGACUCGGUUUGCGGGUGGAGCCGCUCCUGGAGUGACUUCCAGCGAGAUGCUGCAGGACGUGCGCUCGGCUCUCACUAAUCUGAGGGAAACGCUGUUUGAUUGUCCAGAGAUACAAAGCAUCACAGACAACUUUGGAGACAUUCCUGAUUUUGAGCUGGAUGCUAUGCUGGAGCUUGCCUUGCAUAAAGUGGCUUUAAAACCAGUUUACACUCACCUGUACGUGUAUCUGAAGACGGCGCGCAGGGAUGACGGCACUCUGCAGCGUUUAGAGGCCAACAAGAGCACGCUGGAGAACCGGAGCCCGGAGGAGCUGGAGGGAGCAGCCGGAGCCGGGGUGCCGGACUCCAGCAUGAUGGAGAAGAUCCAGCAUCGAUGGACCACAAUGCACGAGGCCUACUCGCCUAGCAAAAAGGUCGACACCCUGCUCAAAGUCUGCAAGAAUAUCUACCACAGCAUGAAUGCUAAUGCUAAGCCUGGAACGGUCUUCGGGGCGGAUGAUUUCCUCCCGUGCCUGACGUGGGUGUUGCUGCGCAGUGAUUUAGCUAUACUACAGGUGGACACUGACUACAUGAUGGAGCUGCUGGACCCCAUGCAACUACAAGGAGAGGGUGGGUACUACAUUACGUCUCUCUACGCUGCCCUUUUUUAUAUCAGCAGCUACCAGCCUCGUCUAGCGAAGCGGCAGCUCAGUGCAGAAGCACACCAGUCUCUCAGCCAAUGGCAUCGCAGACGCACACUUCACGGCAACCAAUCACGCCACAGCCGAAACCGCAGGACCACCCGGAGGCACGGGCCGCUGCUUGAGGACGGGAACUCUUUAAACAAGAGCAUGGGGUCCAGCAGUCUAAACGACAUCACCCACAGCUUGCAGGAAACAUUCCAGGGUGUGGAUGAAGAGUUGGAGGCUGUGGAGGAAGAAGAGGAGGGAAGUGCAGGUCGAGAACAAGCACAGGUACCAGAGACGCUGGACCUCACCUGUCCCGAGAGAACUGAGGGAGAAAAGACGACUGGAAAUCACAGGAUCCUGAAUUAAUAAGCAAGGGGUAUCAAAGAACUUAACUUCGGACUUAUUAAGCCAUGCUUCCACCGCAGGAACUUUCCCCAGGAACUAGGGACUUUGGGGUGACCGUGGGACUAGGGACUUU